AGUUGACUCGCAAGACGUCAACAUCUCGAUCACGCGUAACGAUCGAGGAAUUUAACUAUAACGACAUUAAGUUUCGUGAGAAGCUCGAAUUCGGGUGCGUUCCAGAAUGUCAUCCUCUGGUAAGCAGCAACUCUCCACCGCCAAGUUAUCGAGCGAAAAGCCAGCGGUUGUUCCGAAGAAGGAUCAAGGAUCGAUAUCGAAGACUGAUCCGAUUCCAGCUAAGGAAUCGGUAAUCGUCGGCGUGACAAAACCCAAGGAAAGCCACCUGCAAAAAGUUGCGCCGGUCCAGAGCGCCGCUCUUCCCAAAAAGAUUUCGCUGCCGUCGAUCGAUCCGGAGGCUCGUCCGCUGAUCCUCGCCACCCAUCUGGUUCCCUCUGUCCCCGUCGGCCUCUUCGAGGUUCUCGCCGAAGCCGUCGAGGCGGCAACUCAACGCCCUGUGAGCCUCGUCUACGAGUCUCGAUCCGACAGACCCGUCGCCAAGGAUGUCGUCGACCUGGCCAUUCUACCGGCGUACAGCGAGUGGAAAGGAGGCGAGCUUUUGCCAGUCACCUUCGUCUUCGCUCACCGAUUGAACGACGGUACGUCGGGCAACGUUUACGUCGACAUAGUCGUCGCCGCUGACCAUGGACCCUACGUCAAGAACAUCAUGGACCUCCGGGGUCAUCGAUGCUCCCUACCGGACCGUCGCCGACGAAGAGGCGCCGCGACGCUUCUUCUGAGCGACCUGCGUUCGAAAGGAGAGAGUCCAGCUUUCUUUGGAAAUACCCUGGAUUCCGGCUCGCAACUCUCGACGCUGCAAAUGGUGGCGGGAAAACAGACGGAAGUCGGAGUCGUCGAGGCGCCAGUGUUGGAAUUUCACCGAAAACGGACGCCCGGCGUCGGUUCCCUAUUCGUUUUGGGCAGCCUCGGCCCGCUGCCUCCGUACGCGAUCUACGUCAAUAAGUCAGUUUCAGCCGAAUUGAGGGAGAAAAUAUCCUCGUACUUGCUCGGCUCAACGAAAAACGAACAUUGGGCGGAACGAUUUUCUCCCUACGGAGUCAUCGGCUUCACCUCGAAUUCCUUGGACGCCUACGUGACGGACGAAGGUGCCGAGGAUGUGCCAACAACCGUUCGUUACUAUUAGAUUUCAUGAGGAUUUGUUUAUUCAAAGAUUGUAGUAGUAUUUAAUUUCAAUAUCAUACAUUGUACUUGUUGUUUCAAUCUCCUCGUUCACAAUAUCACACGUUCGUCAGGUGGUUAUAGUAAUGUUAAGUACGUGGUACCUUAUACAGCAAAAGAGGGACCAGCAUCUCCGCCCUUCUGUGCGAUCAAAUUGAAGAAAGCACAGUUAAAUUUUAAUCGGUUAAUGAUAUUAAAUCGAAAAUAUUCUUUAUGAUGUGUACAUAUACUCGUGACUUAAACUUAGUAU